AUGGGUGGCGCUUUCUCAAAACCUAAUAAUGAACCAAUAGUAAUUUACAAUGAACCUGAAGUUCGACUUCGGUUUUCACACGAUUUAGUUAGUCAACUUCGAGAACAAAGAUUCCCACAACCUCCAUCAUCAACAACCUCUAAUACUUGCAUCUCACCUGACAAGUUAGAAGAAAUAAUACGUGAAAGAGUCGCGGCAGAACUACGACGUCGCGAAGUAUUCGAUGCGGACAUUCAACGCGAAGUAGAUGCUGAAUUAUCAAACAUAUUUAAAUAUGAUGAUUAUACUGGUCACGAUCCGGGACUGCAUUCUAAGAAAAUUGAUGAGGAAAUUGAUGAUUUGGAGCAGAGGAUUCGACGGUAA